AUGGAGUGUGCGGCGGAGGCGGAGGCGGAGGGAGCGCGGCCGGGGACCGGGGACGGAGCCCGGGAGCUGGGCGGGAGCCGGAGCCCCGGGGCCGGCGAUGGGGCGGAGCGGGGCGCCGCGGCGGCGAGCGCGGAGGAUGCGGCGGAGAUAAAGGUGGACCUGGCUGCGGUGAAGCAGGAGGCGGUGGACUGGUCGGACGCGGACGGUGGCGCCGCGGGCUGCGGCUGGGUCAAGCAGGAGGCGGCGGGCGGGCCCGAGGUGAAGCCCGAGGAAGCGGGCGUGCGGGUGAAGCAGGAGGCCGUGGAGGAGCCGGCAGUGAAGGAGGAGAAGGUGAAGGACGAGGACGAGGAGGACGUAAAGCGGGAGUGGCCUGUUGCUCAGAGCGUGAAGGAGGAGCCGCUGGAGGAGGGACUGCCGGUCACCGCGCCGGACCGCCUCAAGAGCGAGGCGACGGCGGGCGCGCGGGUGAAGGAGGAGCCGCAGGUGAAUCCCCGAGUGGGCUGCAAGAGGAAACUGGCUAUGUCAAGGUGUGAAACUUGCGGGACAGAAGAGGCAAAGUACAGAUGUCCGCGCUGCAUGAGAUAUUCCUGCAGUUUGCCCUGUGUAAAGAAACACAAAACCGAACUGACCUGUAACGGAGUCCGAGAUAAAACCGCUUAUAUCUCACUGCAGCGGUUUACGGAGAUGAAUCUCCUAAGUGACUAUCGAUUUUUAGAAGACGUGGCAAGAACUGCAGACCAGGUUUCAAGAGAUACUUUCUUGAAAAGACCAAAGCGCAAAAAAUAUCUGUUCUUUAUGAAAAAUCGUGCCCGAAAGCAAGGUAUUUUCUUGAAGCUUCUACCCAAUGGAUUCAGCAAGAGGAAAGAGAACUCAACGGUUUUUGAUCAUAGGAAGCAGCAGUUCUGUUGGCACGUAAAGCUCCAGUUCCCUCAGAGUCAAGCCGAGUACACAGAAAAAAGAAUACCAGAUGACAAAACUAUUAAUGAAAUUCUAAAACCUUAUAUCGAUCCUGAAAAGUCUGAUCCUGUGAUUCGUCAAAGAUUGAAAGCCUACGUACACUCACAGACCGGGGUCCAAAUUUUAAUGAGGGUUGAAAAUAUGCAGCAAAAUUUGGUAAGGUAUUAUGAACUGGAUCCUAACAAAAGUCUUUUAGACAAUUUGAGGAACAAAGUGAUCAUUGAAUAUCCAACUUUGCACGUGGUAUUGAAAGGAUCUAGUAAUGACAUGCAACUUCUUCACCAAGUGAAAAGCGAAUCUACCCAGAAGCUUGGCGAUGGAAAUUGAGCACCUGUGGAAGAAGUUCCCAGAUGGUUGAGAAGGUGGUGUGUGGAUGGACAGUUGGGUGACUGGGUACUCUCAGAGGAUGGUUGGAAUGUGUUGUUUGUCUAAAAGGAAAUUAAACAAUAUAACUGUC